AUGCACGGACAUUACAAACGAAGGCUUCUGCGAUCGGAGCUAUGUCACAACCUAGAAUGUUGGUACAGCCUGCUGUUUCACGGAGAAGAUUUGCAACUGCCGUUCAGACUUCAUCUAGAUACCUUGUCAUCCGAACGGAAGCCUCACUUUGACAAGAUACUGAUCGCAAACAGGGGGGAAAUUGCGUGCCGCGUGAUCCGCACCGCAAAGAAGCUGGGAAUAAAGACUGUAGCAGUAUACAGCGAAGUUGACGCCAACUCGCUGCAUGUACUGGAAGCAGAUGAAGCCUACUGCAUCGGCCCUGCGCCUUCAGCUGAGAGCUAUUUACGCAUGGACAAGAUCAUCGAUGUGUGUCAUCGAAGCGGAGCUCAGGUUGGUUCAGUCUCAAGUUCUGUCAUCUAUGGUUUCUUGAGCGAGAAUGCAAAGUUCGCGGAGCGACUAGCGGAAGAGGGCAUCGUUUUCAUUGGUCCUCCCUCCAGCGCUAUAGUUAGUAUGGGUUCGAAAAGCGAAUCUAAGAAUAUCAUGUCUGCCGCCGGUGUUCCGUGUGUGCCAGGUUAUCACGGCGUGAACCAAGACGUUGACCUCUUAUUUGCAGAAGCCGAGAAAAUCGGUUACCCAGUCUUGAUUAAAGCCAUUCAUGGUGGUGGUGGCAAGGGCAUGCGUGUUGUCUCAUCUGCAUCUCAGUUCAAGGAUGCUCUCGCUAGCGCGCAGCGUGAAUCCUUGAAAAGCUUCGGUGACGCAGAUGUACUUGUAGAGAAGUACAUUGAGCGUCCCAGACAUAUUGAAGUGCAGGUAUUUGCAGAUACGCUUGGGAAUACUGUGAGUCUUUGGGAGAGAGACUGUUCCGUUCAAAGGAGAAACCAGAAGAUUAUUGAGGAGGCCCCGGCACCUGGCUUGAGCCCCGAACUUCGUGCAGACUUAUCAGCGAAAGCGGUUGCUGCUGCAAAGGCCGUGAAUUACGUAGGUGCCGGGACUGUGGAAUUCAUUUUCGACAACGAUACAGAGAAGUUCUACUUCAUGGAAAUGAACACCCGCUUACAAGUUGAGCACCCUGUCACAGAGAUGAUCACUGGCCUUGACCUUGUCGAGUGGCAACUGGAAGUCGCGGCUGGUAAUCCUCUUCCACUUUCGCAAGCACAAAUCCCUCUCGUUGGGCAUGCAUUUGAGGCGCGGAUAUAUGCCGAGAACCCUCGGAACGAUUUUCUACCUGACUCUGGGCCAUUACUGUACCUUAGCACCCCGAAACCAACUCAUGUCUUUGCCCCUCCUAUCCCAUCACUCCCCCACAACGAUUCGUGCUCAGAACUGGACUCAGUGAAGCGAUCACCUGAUACCUCAACGCACGUGGCACCGUCGAUGCGCUUAGAGCAAGGGUUCACGCAGGGCGCACAGAUUGGUGUAUUUUAUGACCCGAUGAUUGCCAAGCUGGUGGUACACGGACGCGAUAGGACCUCUGCGCUUCGUGCUCUUCGUCGUGCGCUUGAAGAAUACAAAGUAGUCGGUGUCUCGACAAAUGUUGAAUUUUUGAGAAUGCUCGCGGGCAACGGCGCAUUUAUUAAUGGAGAGGUUGAAACCGGCUUCAUCAAGAAGCACUACGAAGACCUUUUCCCAGCUGUCGAAAGUCCCUCAGCCGAGUUACUGGCACAAGCAGCACUGUUCAUCGCACUACGAGAACAUCCGAUUCAGCCUACAGGCCUUUCCACACCAUGGACAACACUGACUUCAAGACGCUUUGGCGGAGAUGUUUACGAGCGUACCAUCUCCAUCCAACCAGAUGAUGCCUCUGCAGAUCCCACCCGAGUUUCUUUGAAAUCCAUAUCUCUAGGUCACUUCGACAUAGCUGUUCACUCUGCUACACCAAAGACAUUCACAGGUGUCUCGGCUCGCCUGGUUUCGCCUACAACAUUGAGUACGACGCUCAACGGAGCUUCGACAGAAAUCACAAUUGUGUCGCAGCGCUCGUCUCCUUCCCACCCUGCGUCACGCGCAACGAACACCAUGGAACGCCUACACGUGUUCUCGGCGUCGGGAACCAAGACUACGUUAGCCAUUCCACCUCCUGCGUAUCUCCUCUCUCUCGGCCAGGAUGUUCUCACCUCAUCCAAGGGUGCUUUGCGUGCGCCAAUGCCGAGCUUAGUAGUAGAAGUGAAAGUCAGCAUCGGCGAUCGCGUUGAGAAGGGUCAGCCAGUAGUGGUGUUGGAGAGUAUGAAGACGGAGACUGUGUUGCGCGCCGAGGUAGCGGGUGUUGUGAAUGCGGUGGGGUGUGCGAAGGGGGAGAUGGUGGAGGAGGGGCGGGAGUUGGUUGACAUCAAAGAAGAUGAGUUGUAGGUGUGGUUUGAGUCCUAUUUGUAUUUUAGUCGAUGGAUUUUUGGGAGUAAAUCGUCUUUACAUGCUCUGGACUUGAAAUUUCAAGUCAAUACUAACCAAGCCUUGGGGGACUAGCUAUAUACGAGAUGAAACG